CCGUGCCCCAGGCCUGCCUGCUGCCGCCCUCCAGUCCUUGCCCGCUGCCAGCCAUGAGCCGCCAGUUGACCCUCUAUCCCGGUGCUGAACGCCUGGGCUUCAGUGGCUGCUCUGCCGUCAUCUCAGGCCGUCUCAGCGGCAGCCAUGCCUCGGUCCGGGCUGGAGUCAAGGGAGCAGCAUUCGGCAGCAGAAGCCUGUUCUGUGUGGGGGGAGGCCGGCGGCUGGCCUUGAGCUCUGCAGGGCGAAGCGGCGGCUUCACGCUAGGCCACGGAGGGGCGAGCGGUGGGCGGCCGGGGGGCUUCGUGGGCACAGUCUUCGGCAGCGCGGGGCUGGGGCCCACAUGCCCAUCUGUGUGCCCGCCCGGUGGCAUCCCCCAGGUCGUCCUCAACAAGAGCCUUCUGGCCCCACUCAAUGUGGAGCUGGAUCCUGAGAUCCAGAAGGUUCGCGCACAGGAGAGGGAACAGAUCAAGGCUCUGAACAACAAGUUUGCCUCCUUCAUUGACAAGGUGCGCUUCCUGGAGCAGCAGAACCAGGUGCUGGAGACCAAGUGGGAGCUUCUUCAGCAGCUGGACCAGAACAACUCCAAGAGGAGCCUGGAGCCCGUACAUGAGAGUUACAUCAGUAACCUGCAGAAGCAGCUGGAGAUCCUGUCUGGGGACAGAGUGAGGCUGGACUCAGAGCUGAGGAACAUGAGGGAGGUGGUGGAGGACUGCAAGAAGAGGUACGAGGUGGAGAUUAACAGACGCACAGCUGCUGAGAAUGAGUUCGUGGUGCUGAAGAAGGAUGUGGACGCUGCUUACAUGAACAAGGUGGAGCUCCAGGCCAAGGUGGACUCCUUGACAGAUGACAUCAAAUUCUUCAAGGUCCUCUUUGAAGGGGAGAUUGCUCAGAUGCAGUCCCACAUCAGUGACACGUCCGUCAUUCUGUCCAUGGACAACAACCGGCAGCUAGACCUGGACAGCAUCCUUGCCGAGGUUCGAGCCCAGUAUGAGGAGAUUGCCCUGAAGAGCAAAGCGGAGACGGAGAACAUGUACCAGUGUAAGAUCCAGGAGCUGCAGGCCACUGCAGGCCAGCAUGGGGAUGACCUCAAACUCACCAAGUCUGAGAUCACAGAGAUCAACAGGCUGAUCCAGAGGAUCCACUCAGAGAUAGGAAACAUGAAGAAGCAGUGCUCCAACCUGGAGACAGCCAUCGCUGAUGCUGAACAGAGAGGGGACUGUGCCCUCAAGGAUGCUAGGGCCAAGCUGGACCAGCUGGAGGGAGCCCUGCAUCAGUCCAAGGAGGAGCUGGCCCGGAUGCUGCGUGAACACCAGGAGCUCAUGAAUGUCAAGUUGGCCCUGGACAUGGAGAUCGCCACCUACAGGAAGCUGCUGGAGAGCGAGGAGAGCCGGAUGGCUGGUGAAUACCCAAAUUCUGUGAGCAUUUCUGUCAUCAGUAGUACCAAUGCAGGACCAGGAGGUUCUGGCUUCAGUGUGGGCUUUGGUGCCUCAAGCAGUUACAACUACAGACCUCUGGCCCUGGAGGUGAAGACCAAGGGCAGCUGUGGGAGUGAGCUCAAGGAUCCCCCUGCCAAAAGCUCAGGCAGCAGCUGUGCAACCAAAAAGACCUCCAGAUGACAGACAGGGGCUGCUGUGAGCAGACCUGUGGACCCCAUUCUCUCGUUCUCUUCCCUUGGGUCCCUUUCCAAGUCAGGAAGCGUUUUCUCCAUCACUGAAAUCCCAGCCAUCCUCCCAGCCCUAUUUCCCCUGGCGCAGGGAACUGUCGGGUGGGGGAAGGCCAGCCAGUAAUAUGCCCUCUCAGUGACCCCUCCCACUCAGUUCUUACUGGGUAGCUGCCCCCACACAGAGACGAAGCACAGACCUAAGAUACUUCCCUGAAGCCAACUGCCAGCCUCUGUCUGUGUCUUCCUCCAGCCUUCUCUGUUGUCCUCUGAUGAGGAGUCUGUCUCUCUGCUUCUCUUGCAAUAAAUGAUUGAUGGAUGCCA